AUGACGGUCGAAGACCUGCCUACGAUCGAGCAGCUACCUAAAGCUGAAUUUGUCGACUAUGCCCGUCCGAUGAAAGUGAUAGUCAUAGGGGCUGGUAUAUCCGGUAUCCUUGCGGCAAUUCGAUUCCCCCAACGUAUUCCAAACUUAGACCUCGUUGUCUACGACAAGAACCCUGAAAUCGGAGGGACCUGGUUCGAGAAUCGGUACCCCGGCGUUGCAUGUGAUGUUCCGGCCCAUGUAUACCAAGCUUCGUUCGAACUUAAUCCCAAUUGGUCGCAGUUCUACGCAUCCGGACAGGAGAUCCUUGAAUAUUGGAAAGGCAUUGUUGCGAAGUACGAUGUUCGGAAGUACAUGAAGCUAAGCCAUAAGGUUGUGGAGGCGAGGUUCAACGAAAAGGAAUCAAAGUGGCAGGUCACGGUUGAGAACUGCCAGACGCACGAGGUGCUACACGACACCUGUGACGUCCUUUAUGCAUGCAUCGGUGCUUUGAACGACUGGAAAUGGCCUGAAAUCCCCGGACUUGCCGAUUUCAAGGGCAAGCUACUCCACAGUGCCGUAUGGGACAAUGACUGGAGCCCUGAUAACCUUUCUGUCGCAGUUAUUGGGUCUGGGUCUAGCGCAAUCCAAAUUGUGCCGGCCAUCCAGCCGAAAGUGAAACACCUUGAUAACUAUGUUCGUGGUCAGACAUGGAUUGCUCCUCCAUGGGCUGCGGAUGAGGUUCGCAAACAUACGUCCAGCGGAUCCAACUUCAAAUUUACUCCAGCAGAGCUCAAGGAGUUUAACGCAAAGCCUGAAAAGUUACUGGACUACAGAAAAAAGCUCGAAUCAGAAGUCCAGUCCAUGUCCAAGAUCCUUCUGCGCGGUGAACUCGCAGAAAGCACGGCCACUACGUUCACCAACCACAUGAAGAGCAAGCUCUCUAACAAGCCCGACAUCCUGGACAAGAUCCUGCCGUCGUUUGCACCCGGCUGCAGGCGCAUCACGCCAGGGGCUGGAUAUCUUGAGGCCCUGUCUGAAGAGAACGUCUCAUUCGUGUCUGAUCCAAUCUCCAGAAUCACGGGGGAAGGGAUCGUCACCGCGGACGGGACACACCGCAAGGUCGACGCCAUUGUCUGCGCAACCGGCUUCGAUACAUCCUUCUCGCAACGAUUCCCGAUCUACGGGCGUGGAGGCCAUGAGCUCGGGGCGAGAUGGCAAGAUUAUCCUGAUACCUACCUCAGCCUGAGCACACAGGGGGCCCCGAACCUGUUCUUCGCUCAUGGUCCCAGCUCUGGUAUCGGAGUUGGGUCGCUGGUCAUCAUCCUGGAGCGGACAUGCGAUUAUGUUUGUAAGAUGAUUUCUAAAAUGCAGACGGAUCGGAUUGCGACGGUCGAGCCAACACCGCGUUCCUGCAAUGCUUUCCGAGAGUAUUGUGAGAGAUACUUUAGGAACACGGUGUUCUCGCUGCCGUGCCGGUCGUGGUACAAACGGGGAACUGAGGACGGACCGGUCACUGCUCUUUGGCCUGGUUCAUCGCUGCAUUUCCUCAAUGUGUUGGAGAAGCCACGGUUUGAAGAUUAUCAGUAUACGUACCGGAGUGGGAGUGAUAUGGCGUGGAUUGGGAACGGGUUUACCCUGUGCGAGGUGGACGCGACACUCGAUAAGACGGGAUAUCUUGACCCUGAGCAUAUUGAUUACCCCGCUGUCUAG